UAUUCGCAGUGACGUGGGUGGGAUUGCGACGCUGUCUUUUUAUUACGUCAGAGUUCGAUAGCGUGGCAAAGGGGCAGCGAUGGAUAGAUCCUAAUGGAGUUUAUAAAGUGUGGUCAACAGCAGCACACACCGAGGACCACUAAACGUCACGUACAGGUGUCAUCUAGCCUACGUCCCAAAGGACAAUAUGACUUAAUGGGACACAAACAAGGAUCUAAAGAUGUCAAGUUACUCAGCACUCAAUCCCACAAUAUGGGUGACAAUCUAUCAAUGCACUUGAGUGAGGAGACAUAAUGACGGAGGGUGUGGAGAUUCAUCAGGCCCGGACAAACAGAGCUGAUGCUGCCACAACCUCUGUAACGCGGAGCAGGACGUCCUCUCUGGAGGCCGUAGAAACCUCCAGUUUUCCAGAGGUGCAGCAUCAUUCCACUGGAGGAGCGGAGGACAGCGGCGGUGGCUCGGUGGCGCCUGAUGGUGGCUGGGGCUGGGUGGUCGUUGCAGCUACUGUUCUGGUCUUAGCGAUGACUCUGGCUUUCCCUUCUUGCAUUGGGAUAUUUUACACUGACUUGCAGAAUGACUUCCAGGCCAGCAACACUGAAACGUCAUGGGUGCCAGCCAUCAUGAUAGCAGUGCUCCAUGCAGGCGGCCCCAUAUGUAGUGUUCUCGUGGAGUGCCUCGGUUGCCGUACAACAAUAAUUAUUGGUGGGAUCCUGAGCGGACUGGGAAUGGCAGCCAGCUCAUUUGCACAGACAUUAGUAGAGCUGUAUAUCACUGCUGGCAUUAUCACAGGAAUGGGAUUCUCUUUGUCUUUCCAGCCGUCGAUCACCAUGGUGGGGCACUACUUUGUGCGGCGCAGGGCGUUCGCUAAUGCCUUGUCUUCCACUGGCACUGCACUCGGGCUGAGCACCCUACCAUUGCUAGCCAACUAUCUGCUGAGCAGCUUUGGUUGGCGGGGCAGCUUUUUGGUGCUGGGAGGGGUUCUGCUGAACUGCUGCGUUUGUGGGGCCGUAAUGCGCCCCCUUGGGGCCAAACCAAAGAUGGAAGCCAGAACCAGACAAACAAACAAUCGCCAACUCAAAACCAAUUGCCUUUCCAUUUCUCAGGAACGAGAGGGUCUGAAAGGCCGUCUACGGGCCACUCUCUCCACUGUCAUGUCUUUCCUGCGCAGGCACAUGGCUUUCGACCUGCUGUGCAGUAACCCAUACUUCUGUGCCUAUGCUCUUGGGAUGUCCUGGAUGAUGCUGGGCUUCAUGGUGCCCCUAGUUUACCUGGUUCCCUAUGCCACCGCUUAUGGUAUAGAGCAAGAUCGAGCCGCUCUGCUGAUGGCCAUCCUCGGGUUGAUCAACAUCACAGUUCGGCCCGUGACAGCACUGGUUUUCGGGCUGCCUCGCUUCCGUGGAAGCCAUAACUUUGCAUAUCUGUUUGCCACGGCGGUGCUGAUCAAUGGAUUAAGCAACUGCAUCUGUGGGAUGGUGACCAGUUUCCCAGGACUGUUGGCGUAUGUUCUAGUGUUUGGGUUUUCCAUGAGUGUCAUCGGCUCCUUGUUGUUCACCGUACUGAUGGACACGGUGGAGAUGAGCCGCUUCCCAUCCGCCCUGGGCCUCAUCAGCAUUAUGGAGAGUAUCAUGCUGCUGCUAGGCCCGCCGUUAGCAGGAAUCCUGGUUGACAGCACUAGGCAAUACGCCUACGUGUUCUUCGCCUGCAGCAUAAACGGCUCUACGGCUGGUCUCUUCAUCAUGCUGUCUUUCUACUGGCUGGACAGACAGAAGGACAGAGAGGUUAAGAGCUCCUUUACUCAUAAAGACACAAACUCACUGAAGCAAAGCAUUAAGAUGACCAUAGACUGUGAUUACAGUCCAGUGCCUUUACAUAGUAACAGUGUCAGAGACAUGGAGACUGAUGUGUGAUGUAUGACCACCUUGUUUGUCUUUCACCGUACUCAUUUUGUUCAUCCAGUGCACAGGAACCUAGUCUUUACCCAUCCUAGUUAGUGGACAAUCAGAUGUAUUUUUCACAACGUAUGUACACUGCUGUAAGAAUACAUUGGACCAAAACUUU